AUGUUCAUCCCUGAAUUAGAGUUACUUGGGAGGGAAAAUUUUGGUGAGAAAGAAGAGGAUGUUGAUAGUGAUGGAGGAGAUGAGGAUGAUGAGAAUGAUGGGGAUGAUAGUGAUGGCGGUGAUGAGGAUGAGGGGAACGAGGAGGGGGAUGAUGGGAUGAAUGAGGAGGAUGAGGAGAGAAAUAAUGAGGGGAACGAGGAGGAUGCGGAGGGGGGUGAUGAGGGUAAUGAGGAAGAUAAGGAGAGAGUUGAUGGUGGGAAUGAGGAGGAUGAGGUGGGGAAUGGUGGAGAUAUGGAUGAGGAUGUCGGCGGGGAUGAGGAGGUUGGUGAAGAUGUUGAUACAUUGAAUGUAGAUAAAGAUGGUGGUGAGGAUGGUGGUAAUGAUCAAGUGAGCUUGGAUUCAAUGGAGGAUGAUGACGCCUUUAUUCUUAGCCCACGUGAUGUAAGCAAGAUUGAAGGCAUGCGUAAAACCCCUUCCAUUAAAAGAACAGUUCUCUCAAGAUCUCGACAUGCUGGGCCAUCAUUAAAGACUCCUUUUGUCUCGCUUGUUAAUAGAAAAGGAUGA